AGUCAACAUCACAAACACCGCCAGAUAAGUUUAGAAUUGCUAGACUUUAAAAAUGUUUAUGAAUUGUGCGAGAUGUAUCUUUUACCGGACGCCUUUUCGCCUAAAGCGCGCCACAAGGAUACUGCAGCAAAUAGCCUACGCGGAUAAGCAGAGAAUAUUCUGCACUACGCUCAUAACGGCAGCAUCCACAAAGUCCAACGCCUACGCACCCGAAAAAGCCUUGGACUUCGAGCAAACCUUUGCAGCGUUAGUUAAAAUGUUACGGAACGAGUGCGAGGAGUGUCCCGAAGUUGGCGAACGUCUCUCCAAAUCGCUGGAGUACAACGUGCCGCACGGGAAGAAGCUCUUCGCGGCCGUCACCGUCGCGCUCUACAAGCAGAUCGAGGAUCCCGAUCGGUUGACCGACGAAAACGUGUUCCUGGCGAACAUAUUGGGCUGGUGCAUGCAGAUGGUGAUGAUACUGGCCCUUGUUUUGCACCGCGAUAGCAAUUUGUGGCGGUUUCAGGUACACACUUCCUCUCUGAUUUAUGACGAUCUUGAGGAUUCUUCGGAAACGAGACACGGGGCGCUUUGCUGGUACCUGCUGGAGGACGUGGGGAUACGCGCCGUAAACGAUGCACGUCUGGUGUUGAGCUGCGUUUACGCGAUCCUUAGAAGAUACUUCCGAGGGUCCCAUUGCUAUGUGCCCAUAAUGGAGUUGCUGCAGGACAGCGUUUCGAGGGUGACAAUGGGGCAGGCACUUGACCUCGCGUUGAAGAGUGGGGCAGUUGAGCUGGAUUCGUUCGAUAUGAAGAUGUACGACACGCUGGUUGAGUACAAGACCGCAUGCCUAUUCCGCGUCCCGGUUAUGCACGCGAUGUAUUUACGCGGCGGUUACGAGCCGGAGGUCUACAAGCAGGUGGGUGACAUCUUCUUUGAAAUCGGCAAGUACUACCAAGUGCAAAACGACUACCUGGAUUGCUUCGGACACCCAGACGUGACUGGUAACAAAGGAACGGAUAUUGAAACCGGCGCGUGUUCGUGGUUGAUAGUGCAGGCGGUUCAGCGUGCUACAGAGGUGGAAAGGGAACUGCUGAGAAAGAGCUACGGCCGACCGAACAAAGAGAGCGUAAUGGCCGUCCGUUGCAUUUACGAGGAGCUGGGUCUACGUCGCGCCUACGACGUCUACGAGAAGGAGACCUACAGUUUACUUCGCGGCGAGAUCGGGAAAGUUUCCGAUAACGCCCUUCGGCAGUUUCUCUGCGCUGUACUGGAGAGCAUCCACGGGCGAAACUCUUAGAAGAUAUUCAUGUACCUAAGUUAUUGUGUUGUGUUGCUGCUGUCCCACUACAAGAUGAACUUGAACUUAAAUGUUUACUAAACAUGAAGAUUAAAGUAAUCAAUCUACGUUUCUGUUUAGAUUGACGCAUCUGGUGUUGCGAUAACAGUCGGAUUAUGUCAGCAUUGCAACACAAACACUGAUAUCGCCAUGAGGAGAUGGCGUUAAGGUUAAAGUUGGACGACCCCACAAUAAUACGUUUCAAGAAGACUCACAAAGCACACCCAAACAAUAUUCGAGAAGGUGGUGCAGUGCACGGAGUAAGAUUUCUAGGAGACUCCGAGCAGGCUUCGAAAAGAUGUCGAAGAAACUCCAAGUUGAUCUCGAGAAGAUCUCAAAAUGACUUUGAUUAGUGUGAAUUUUACUGUCUGUGCUCCUGAUAUACCAUCUUUUAGGCAUAAUUUAUAUUUUUUUACGUUUCUG